AUGUUCGGAAAAAGGUUUCGAGUAACAACAAUUUCUCGUGAUUUAAAUUACUUGUUCAAGAAGACAAUGGCAGAAUCAUGGUUUUUUAAGUUAACUAAAGGUGAUGUUGAUGCAGGGUUCAUUCCAUUUGGUCAAAACUUCUUGAAUUUGCUUUGGAUUUGUUUGUUAUAUAAAUUCGGUAGGGUUUAUAUGGAUAUUGAUGUUAUGUUCCUGAAAAGCUUCUUGAAGUUAAAGAAUUCAAUCGGAGCUCAAACAUUGGAUUUGAGUUCAAAGAUUUUGAGCAGGUUGAAUAAUGCAGUCAUGGUGUUCGAUAAAAUGCAACCAUUGGUUUACAAGUUUAUCGAAGAGUUCACAUUAAUUUUUAAUGGAAACAAAUGGGGUCACAAUGGUCGUUACUUGGUUUCACGGUUAGUUUCAAGGCUUGAAGGUAGGCUUGGAUAUAAUUUUAUGAUUCUACCCCCAUCAACGUUUUAUCCAGUGAAUUGGAAUAGAGUUCGAAAUCUUUUUCAUGGGGCUAAAAAUGAGAGGGAUGCAAAAUGGUAG